UGUUGUUGUUCUUGAGCUGACCAAAGCGGGCAAGAUGGCGUCGGGUGGCGGGCAGCUUGGGGGCUUAUUUGACCAUCACGUCCAGAGGGAGGUAUGCGACACGCGAGCCAAAUACCGAGAGGGACGACGGCCUCGUGCAGUCAAGGUAUAUACAAUAAAUUUGGAAUCUCGGUACUUAUUAAUACAAGGAGUUCCUGCAGUGGGAGCGAUGAAAGAAUUGGUGGAGCGAUUUGCUCUAUAUGGUGCAAUUGAACAGUAUAAUGCUCUAGAUGAAUACCCAGCAGAAGACUUUACUGAAGUGUAUCUUAUUAAGUUUGUGAACUUACAGAGUGCAAGGACAGCCAAGAGAAAAAUGGAUGAACAGAGUUUCUUUGGAGGAUUGCUUCAUGUAUGCUAUGCUCCAGAAUUUGAAACAGUUGAAGAAACUAGAAAAAAACUGGAAGAAAGAAAGGUAUAUAUAGGAAGAACUACUAAAGAUAAAGACCAUUACAUGACAAAGAAGAAACUGGUUGCGGAGCGUAAAGACACAAAAGAUUUUCGACAAAACUUCCAUUCAGAGAUGUCUGGAUUUUGUGCAGCUGCUUUGAAUGCUUCUACAAGAAACUCAAAUCCUUGUCUUCCUUAUUCUUGUGAAUUGCCUUUAUGUUAUUUCUCCUCAAAAUGUACGUGUUCAUCCAGAGAGCACAUGGACAGAGCAUCAAACUCAGACUCUAAGGAUGGUGGAAACUGUGAUCAAACAGUGGAGCAUUGUAACCACAGUGACUCUUUGCAGAAAAUGCAGGUGAACGCUUUUAAAAACUCAGUGGCCUGCUCUGUUACACAAAAAUCUAUUACUUCUUCAGAGGCAGUUGACAGAUUUAUGCCUAGGACAACACAACUUCAAGAGCGGAAAAGAAGGAGAGAAGACGAUCAUAAACUUGGAACUUUUCUUGAAACAGGCACAAGUAGAAAUGAGGUUAUAAUUGGGCCUCUAUUACCAGACAUACCGAAAGUGGACAUGCAUGAUGACUCAUUGAAUACAACAGCAAAUUUAAUUCGGAAUAAACUUAAAGAGGUUAUUUCAUCUGUUCCAAACCCUCCAGAGGAUAAGCUGGAAGAUGUCCAUACAAGUCUUCCAUGUAAACAAAGAAGAAGAAUAUAGAUUGCAUGCAGCAAGUCAAUUAUUUUUUAAAGAGAAUAUUUAUUUUUUAUUUUUCACCUAUCAUUUUAAUACUUCAAGUGAUUCUACUGCUGGUAUUUUUUAAUGCACUCCUUUUUGUAAUUUCAUUCAAACUAUUAUCUAAAAUCAUUUAUUUUUGAUCCAUAUUUCAUAUUAACAGAAACUGUUCGUGUCAUAUAUAACAUUAUCUCUCACAUUGUCAUAACUAUUUGUAAAUUAAUUGAAGCAAAUAUAGAAACUUUACAACACAAAUGAAGGUAGACAACCAGGAUCUGUUUCUGAUUUUCAUACAAGUAUUGAAUGGUUCACAUUCAAAAACAAGAAGUCAGGAUGUUUCUGAAUGCCACGGCUUCAAAAUCAAGACAUUUCUGUAAAGUAAAAAAGUAAAAAUUAAGUAUUAGAAGAAAGCUGAAAUUAGAAGCUUACUAUUUUAACUUCUAAGAAGAAUUUACUUCAUCUAUUGCGAUCAAAAACAUGAGUAUUUGUAAAUUGUAGACUUUUACCACUACUGUGGCAUAUCCACACUUUUCUCUGCUAGUGGACCAUGUGGUUGAAAUCCACAUGUGUUCAGACUGUUCCCACUUACUUGACUGAUAAAACAACUUGGGAAGGCCCAUACUAUAUGCUGUACAUGGCGUCUGUUUAGAACUUCUCCUUAUCCUUAAUGGCAGCUUGCCUCAUUGGUUGAAUUCAAACAUGCCAGUAAAUAAGAUCCAACUUUAGUUAUCAUGAUGUACUAAUCCAAAUUUGCUAGGGUGGCUGUAAGUGGUGGAUGAUACUAAAAGAAGCUGCAGGCAAGGGAUUAGCCUCUACUUUCUUGUGAAGUAUUUAGAUCUAUUUUUUGUUGAAAUCUCAGGUAAAAGGUGUAUUGGAGACCUAAACAUAGAAUUGCAAAGAAUAAAUUACAUUCUAGAUCAGGAUUCACAGACUAUAAGGUGCUAUGAAUCCACCUCAGGAUCUUGUUAAAAUGUGGAUUCUGAUCACAGUGGCUGUGGGGAGGGAUUGGGGAGUUUAAUGGAUAAAGAGGAUCAGUUUUCCAAGAAAAAGCAUUCUGGAGAUUGUUUGCAUUACAGUGUGAGCAUACUUAAAACUACUGAACUGUACACUUAAAAAUGGUUAAAAUGGUCAAUUUUAUAUUAGGUGUAUUAUACCACAGUUUUUAGAAAAGUUCUCUGGCCAGACUCAGUACGCCUGUAAUCCUAGUACUCUGGGAGGCCAAGGUAGGAGGAUCCAUUGAGCUCAGGAGUUCAAGACCAGCCUGAGCAAGAGUGAGACCCUGUCUCUACUAAAAAUAGGAAAAAAAAAUUAGCCAGGCAACCACUUUGAGUACCUCUUGUAAUUGCAUUGUGGCAUGAUCCUGUAAUCCCAGCUACUCAAGGAGGCUGAGGCAAGAUGAUCACUGAACCCAGGAGUCUGACAUUCCUGUGAGCUAGGCCAAUGCCAUGGCACUCUAACCUCAGGCAACAGAGUGAGACUCUUGUCUCAAAAAAAAAUUCUCUGAUAGCCCUAAAGGGAGGAGCUGCUACAGGGUUCUGCAUGCCUACAUGGGUUCCUGGUCUGUGACCCUGUGGAAGCUGGCACUCCUCCCUACCCCCACCAACAUACACACUAUUUGAUCAUGAUGAAAGAAACCUUUGGGAAAAGAAAAGUGCCCAUCAACUAGUGAGUGGGUAACGAAAAUGUGUAUAUACACAGAGGGUGCUAAAAAAGUGUACACAUUUUAAGAAAGGAAAAAAAUAUUAAAAUUGUAACAACAUAUACUGAUAAAUGAAUAUGAGUCACAUUUUAUUUCUGCAAUUACAAGAGGUACUCAAAGUGGUUGCCAUCAGUAUUUGGACAGUUCUGAUACAUAGAACUAUUACUUGAGCAACGUCGACCAAAGUAUCCACUUGUAUUGCUGAGCAUUGUGUUUCAGUUCUAUUAGGAAGUACUGCCAGGGUGGCCGGUUUUCUGUGGUGCACCACAUCCUAUAAAGUCCGAUAGGUAGAGGUCAAGGGGUGUUAAGUCAGGAGAACAUGGGGGAAACUCAGUGGCAGCACUUCAUCUGUCCAUUGUCCUGGCUAAUUCUGGAGGUAAGCGCUCACUUCUCAGUGCUUAUAAUAAUCUUGGAAUGAAAACUUUUCCAAAAUUUUUCUGUUUUAAGAAUGGUUGCUUAUUCUGCUUACUCCUAUGUCAUGCACAGUGGUAGACUUCCAUGGCAAGCAUGUGAACUGUUCAACACUGUAGUAGAAGUAGGACUGGCUGCUGUGUGAGGCCUCCCACAUCUUCCCUUGUGCACAUCAGUACCAUGUGUCUCAAACUUACCACAAACACAUGCAAUUAAUUGUUAGGUGUGUUGGAGGUUUUGCUGCAUACUGACACCUGUGUUGUCAUUGUACUUUCAUGACGUUCUCAAGUUUCAAACACCACUUCAAAAUGGUCUUGUGUUCCUUGAACGACAACCAUGCGUCUGCUGUUUUCUUUGCCUGUCCUUUCUGUGGUAUGGUGACGCUAGCAUUCAUUUGAUUAACCCCAUUUUUUGUGCGAACAUCAUACU